UUGUCAUUUUUACGCCGCACUUUUGCCGUCGAUUUCAUUCAUCGUCUCUGCCCAUUCGCCGUCGUCGUCGCAGUCCGCCUUGAAGGUUAGUUAAUCCUUCUCCGUUCUCAUGGCGUCUUCCGAUUCCACUCCUUUUAUCCCCGUUGUUGACCCAGCGGCGACUUGUUUUGAGGAAAUGUACCGACAAGAUCCCUCCCUCCGCCCUGACGGUCUGAUGGGAGGAAUCAAUCAUUAUAGGGUUCUGAGUGCGGUGCCUCUCCGUACAUCGGUUACCGUGGCGUCGUCGUCCCAGGCGUCGCGCCCAAAAGGGAAAAAAUCGAAAACCGUCAAAAAUCAGAAAACCGUUGAAGGUCAGAUCCGGAAAUCCUCACCCGUUACCGUGUUGGAAACGGGUCAAAUCACGAGUACGGGUUGUCUUCUGUUGGACAUUGACUUUGACGAGGCCCUUCGCUUCGUGGGGGAGGGCUACUCCGUGCACGGACCGCACGCGACAAAUCACGUUUUCUCCGUGACCAGCCCUGAUGCCGAGGCCGAGGCCGUGCUGGGGAGCCGUCCCAAGCACGGGCUCGAAGAGAGCACCUCGAGGCCGGAAGAUUCGGAAAUAGAGGAAAGAGAAGAGGAAGAGGACGAGGAGAUUGAGACCGAUGAAGAGUCGGGACAGCCGUCCUACUCCAAGGACGUCGCUAAUGUGGAGCCUUCCGGAGACAUGCAUCCAUUGGAGGUUGUCCGGAGGGCCAAGCUGUUGGCCCAAAUCCAGGGGCGAGAAGAGGAGGUACACCGUGAGCCGCCCUCGGGGAACACAUCCGGGCCUGCCGCGACCAUCCCCGACCGGGAAGUGGUUCAGACCUGGAGCCAAAGGAAAAGAAAACUCCUCCAAACCGAGGAAGAGGAGACUGCGUCUAAGCAGGACGUGAUUCUGACCCAGAGUCUGUUGGCGAAACGUCCGGUCGUUCCUCAGGACGGGAAGUGCCCCGCCUCCCUUGACAUAUCUGAUGGGAAUGCACAAGCCGAGGCCGAGGUCGCAUCUCUGUCCGUGGCGCUGAAAGACGAGGACGAGAUCCUGUCGUCCUUGCAAGGGUUGGUGGAUGGGUUCCACAAAAAGUGGUCUCUGGAAGCUGAGCGAGAUCGGGCCCUUGCUGAGAGGGAGCAAGCUGUUUCCGAGAAAGAGCGUGCCGUCUCCGACUUCCUUCAGUCCCCAGCCUUCUAAGAGGCCUGUUUGGAAAAAAUGGCUGCCUACUACGACAGCUGGAUUGGGA